AUGGAUAUCUAUAUAAAUGAAAUGUGGAUGGAUCCUGCACUCAACUUUCAACAUUUAUCUCCAUGCAAAGAUAAUUUAUCACUCAAUCAUCAGGUUCUCGAGCGUCUAUGGACGCCGAAUAGUUGUUUUAUUAACAGUAAAAUAGCACAGAUUCACGAUUCUCCAUUCAGGAAUGUCUUUUUGAUGCUCUACCCGAAUGGGACCGUUUGGGUUAAUUACCGAGUUCGAGUAAAGGGACCAUGUGCUAUGGAUCUUUCAAACUUUCCUAUGGAUGUUCAAACUUGCUACCUUAUCUAUGAAAGCUUCAAUUAUAACAAUCAAGAAGUAAGGAUGAGAUGGAAUACGAUAAAUCCUCAACCAGUUUAUCCGAUAGGUCAAAUGGUUUUACCAGAUUUCAAUCUAAUUAGAAUAAAUCCUUCAUUGAGGAUCGAGGCAUAUCCCGCUGGCAUGUGGGAUGAGCUUCAUGUAAAUUUCACAUUUGAAAGGAGAUGUAUAUGGUAUUUUAUGCAAGCAUAUGUUCCAACUUAUUUAACAAUAUUUAUCAGCUGGGUAUCAUUUGCUCUUGGCCCUCGAGCUAUCCCAGCCAGAACCAUGCUUGGCGUAAAUGCAUUAUUGGCAAUGAUAUUUCAAUUCGGUAACAUAAUGAGAAAUUUGCCUCGUGUUUCUUAUAUUAAAGCCAUAGAUGUGUGGAUGCUUGUUUCGAUGACAUUCAUAUUUUCAUCGCUUUUGGAAUUGGCUAUUGUCGGAUACAAAGUGAAAGAUGCCGAUGAUUUCAGUAAAAGAAAAUUGCUUACCAACAAACAGAACUCUCGCAUAGAAUCAAGCCCGAAGGGACUCUGCCACUACCAAAAACGAUUUAUGUUUCCAGCAGACAACUUAGAACUUAAGUGGCAACAAUCAAAAUCAAGAUCGAUUUCUUUAUCAGCUUUUACGGCUGACCAAAUUGAUCGAGUUUCAAGCAUUGCCUUUCCAGCUUUUUUUGCUUGUUUUAAUGUUAGUUCUCUUUUUGAUUUCCGGUUAUAUAUUGGUCGUGGUACACCAAUUUGUCAUUACCAUAGUGACGCGCUUCUGAAGAAGAAAGUUUACAACUUUUUAUCGAUGAUUUUAUAUAAAGAACGCUUUAAAAAACCAAGAAAACCAGUUUCCAGCAAUUUUUCUGGCAGUUCAGCCAUAUAG